AUGAUUCAGUCUAUUCGGAUCUACGCUAACGAUAUUGGGAAUGAUCUGGCGAAGAAAGAUGAGAACUUCAUCAGAGCGAACCUAGACUGAGCCCUGGCGGUAUGAUGUGACUUAUGAUAAGAUGACCAGCCAUCCCAGGACGAGCAAACCUAGAUUACCCGAGGCAUAUACUGACGGACAGCUCAUCUUUCUGCGAAGUCACGUUGGCGACUUUGAGACUCGCACUUGUUGGCGCGUCGCGCUAGACCGUGCUGAUGAGUUCCUUGUCCGUUUCGGCACGCUAGAGGACCUGAUACUGAUAAGAUGUAUUGAUGGCGAAGUUAGCAAAUAUGCAAUUGGUACAAGAAUACCACAGGCCGGAAGAACUAGAUCCAAGUAGGCUGCUAUUGGAAAAGGUUUGGAUCAAUUUCAUAAUCGGUCACACUUGUUGAUUAGGUCUUAGUUACAGCAAAGUUACAGCCUUUUGAUUUGGUAUAUAGGAGCUU